AUGAAGGAUCCUCCCAAGUUGCUGCGAGACUUAUUAGAAGGGAUUGAUCCGCGCAGUGGGCACUUCCUUGAGCACAUACGUACAUAUAACAGCAUGUUUUCUUUCACAUCAAUUGGUGGCAAGGUUGAAGGACAGAUUAAUGAUGGAAGUGGUCCUCCUCAAUUUAUAAUCAGUGGGCAAAAUUAUCAUCGAAUAGGAAGCCUCAUUCCUAACGAAGGAGACACACCAAAGUUUGCUCAAUUAUAUAUAUAUGAUACAAAGAACGAGGUUGCCAAUAGGAUGAAUCACUUUAGUGAACUCACACGAAGAUCACCUACUGACCCGACUUUAGUUGCGGAGUUGAUGGUGAUGAUUGAUCAGGAGAAUGUGCUCGCUAAGAACUUUAGAAGAGUUCGUGACCAUAUAGAAGCAGGAUCAACACCUAAUAUUGCAUUGAGAUUGUUUAGAGAUCAUUCAAAUGAGAAUCGAAUGUAUGAUUUGCCAACAAAUGACGAGAUUGCAGCCCUUAUUGUCGGUGAUUUUGAUAGCUCUGAUUGUGGGCGUGAUAUUAUAUUACGCACCAAUAGUGGUAGUAUGCAAAGAAUAUACGAGACACAUGUGUCAUUUCUCCCCUUGCAGUAUCCGUUGAUAUUCACAAAUGGCAGAGGUGGAUAUUCGAGAAAGUUCAAACUUAAUAAGAACAGCACCAAAUCCAAACAAUGGAAACGGAAGAAGGUUUCAUUACGUGAAUGGGUUGCGUUUAGAUUGCAAGAGAGGGAUCACGAGUGCAAGAGCAUUCUUCGGUCUAGGAGACUAUUUCAACAAUUUAUUGUUGAUUGCUAUUCUAUGGUUGAGUCUUCUAGAUUGUUUUAUUUACGAAGAAACCAAAACAAGAUUCGUAAAGAUUUUUUAUCAGGCGUUGAAGAAGCAGUUGAUCGUGGUGACACUGAUGCAGCUACCCUUGGAGCAAGGAUUGUAUUGCCAUCAUCAUUUACUGGUGGUAGACGUUACAUGUUUGACAAUUGCCAAGGAGCAAUGGCAAUAUGUAGGACAUUUGGAUAUCCUGACCUUUUUUUAACUAUCACUUGCAAUCCAAAAUGGCCAGAGAUUCAGCGACAUACUAGCAAGUAUGGUUUACAAGUUUAUGAUCGUCCAGACGUUGCAUGUAGGAUAUUUCACAUGAAGCUAAAUUCCCUAAUGACAGAUUUUAAGAAAGGAGAUUUCUUUGGCAAAGCUAUAGCAGGUAUGUACACUAUUGAAUUCCAAAAGAGAGGCCUACCGCAUGCACAUAUUUUGUUGUGGCUGCAUCCGUUAGACAAAUUGAAUACAAUUGAAAAGAUUGAUUCAGUAAUAUGUGCUGAACUUCCAGAUCCAGUAAAAUAUCCGAAACUGUUUGAACUUGUGUCAAGCAUGAUGGUUCAUGGACCAUGUGGGUUGAGCAAUAAGAGCUCCCCUUGCAUGAAAAAUGGCAAGUGUUCCAAAUUUUUCCCAAAAAAAUUUGUUGAUGUUACCUCCUUUGAUAAUGAUGGUUUCCCUAUAUAUAAAAGGAGAAGAACCGGGGUCACAACUAAUAGGAGAGGUGUUGAAUUGGACAAUAGGUUUGUCGUACCUUGCAAUGCGAAGUUACUUAUGAAAUACCGCGCGCACAUCAAUAUUGAAUAUUGCAACAAAUCCAAUUGA